AUGGCUCAGCGCAGGAACCUGAGCCAGAGCCAGCAGAGCUGGACUGAUGACCUGCCCCUGUGUGAGAUGUGUGGAGUGGGCACUGCCUCCAACUGUGUGUACGGAGCUGAGGGAGCGAGCUCCCAGACCCACCCGUAUGAGGAUGCCCACAUCCGCUUCAGGGGUGAGGACAGUUGCUCUCUCUAUGGUGUCUUUAACGGUUAUGACGGCAGUAAAGUGGCCAGCUUCGCCUCUCAGUUCCUGACAGCAGAGCUGCUACUGGGACAACUCGCCUCUGCUGACAGUGACAGUGAAGUGCGACGCAUUCUCACGCAGGCUUUCGACGUGGUGGAGAAGAGUUACUUUGAGUCCAUAGAUGACGCCCUGGCAGAGAAGGCUCACCUAUCCAACUUCCUCCCACACGACGGGAGUCAGAAGGUGCAGGAACGGCUCCAGGAGCUGGAGCAGGAGGUGUGUGGGGGGGCUACAGCUGUGGUGGCCCUCAUCCUCAACAACAAGCUCUACAUCGCCAACAUGGGCACCGACCGCGCUCUACUGUGUCGCUCCAGCAGUGACGGCCAGAACCAGGUGCUGCAGAUCGGACGAGCCCACAGCACAGACAACGAGGAUGAGUUACACCGGCUGGCUGCCCUGGGGCUGGACUCUGCACUGAUCCGGCAGGCUGGGCAGAUCGCCGGCCACCGGAGCACCAGGCGGCUGGGGGACUACCGUGCCAAGAUCCACUACAGCGACACCCACCUGCUCAGCUCUGCCAAGUCCAAACCAGUCAUUGCGGAGCCCGAGGUCCACACGCAGUCCCUGGAGCGGGUUAGCGGUUUCCUGCUGCUCAUGUCUGAAGGACUGAUCAGUGCUCUGGAGUGUGCCCACGGGCCUGAACAGGCCAACCAGGAGAUGGUGGCCAUGGUAGCGGCGGAGCUGGCGCAGCAGUCGACCCUGGAGGCGGCGGCUCAGUCCGUGGUGGAGCGUGUCAAGCGCGUUCACCAGCAUGUGUACGUGUCAGGACGCCAGAGAGCGCCCCUGUGUGGCCAGCAUGAAGACAUGACGCUGCUGAUCCGCUGCAUCAACUACCCGGGAGCAGACCCGCCCACUCCCACGCAGGGCGGGCGGAUCUACCCGGUGUCUGUUCCCUAUUCCAACUCCAACUCCCUGAGCACCAGUAAGACCAGUGUGACCCUGUCCCUCGUCAUGCCCUCCAUCAGCACCAUGACCAACGGGACCAACACCACGUCUGCGCUGGAAGAUAAGACCCCCACACCAGGCAGCCAGAGCCCCACCACCACCCUGCAGUCCACCAACACCCAGACGCAGAGCUCCAGCUCCAGCUCCGGUGAUGGCAGCCUGUUCCGGCAGAGGGGCAGUCAGGCAGCACAGCCCGACGAGACGGGCCGCGUUCCCCCUUACGUGGACUUCAGCCACUUCUAUCGUCUGUGGGGUCAAGAGCACGCGGAGCUGCCCUCUGAGCUUAGUGUUGGCCAAGGAGGGCUGGGGCCGCACAGUGUCGCCAUCUCGCGCCCGGUGCCAGUGUGCCCCUGGUCUGCAGCGCUUCUCCGGGGGAAGGAGGGGGAAGAGAGGGGAGGGCCGUCCGGAGCUCCGCCUCUGGCUCCCCGCGUUUCCUUUCACCUUCUCCCCCGCGCACAGCCACAGCGUCCAGGCCGUGAUGAGGAUGUGAGGGGCCAACACAACCAGAGGCGCUCAUACUGCAUCUGGAGGACAGCGCGGAUAAGCAGCGGUGCACAGCGGAUCACCGAAGCGGAGAGAGGCGGGCCUUUUCCGUCCAUACUCUUCCCCACCUCUCACACUCUCCCCCUGCUCUGCUGUAAACACCCGGAGGAGGAGGCAUCAGAGCCGCUCCUCAUCCUCUGCUCCUACUGCCGCAGCGAUGCCCGCGCCUACCCGGGAUCUGGACCGGACCAGGCUCUGAUUCUUCCCCCUCUCCCCGCGGGCCGCUGGGCCCACCGCGAGCUCCGAUGGGAUAAGAUGCGACGUCACCGUGUCUUCCUGCUCUGCACGGUGGGGCUGUGUGUGAUCUCCUUCCUGCACUACUACAAAGCCCUGCACUAUGUCUCCCUGCGUGAGCUCACGGCCCCCUACCCCUUCAAGUCCUUCAUCCUGACCACGGGCUUCUUCUGGAGGGAGCGGGGCCUGGCUUCUACCCCCCUGAGUCCAGCCUCUCCGGAGGACCCGGUCCAGCAACAGCAGCAUCAGCAGCAGCCACAGCGUGUGGAGCCCAGAGCUGAAGUGGUGUCUCCGAAGGCAUCUCUGGGCAUACAGGGGGUGGCCGUGGGCGAAGCGGGGGAGGUGGUGAGCGUGGGGCUGGAGGUGAGGUUGGAGGAACAGCCCGCACCACCGCGCCCAUGGGAGAGGCCCGUGGAGGGACAGGACCGCCAGCAGGAGGUCUCUUCAGAGCGGCCCGUUCCCACGCCUCCCAAACACGGUGGCUUAUUGUUUCCCAAAGAUGCAACCUGGGAUGCGGUGGGCGCCAUGGGGGACCUGCACAAGCGCCCCAUCCAGCUGCAGGAUGACUCCACGCUUUUCUUUGCUCACACCAAAGCCGGAGCGCUGUGCUUUAGGCAGGGCACUGAGGUUGCCACGCCCAAAGAGCCUGCCGGGAAGACUGGCGGUGGAGCCAGCGGAGGAGCAGUUGUAAACGGCGCGGUGGAGAGCACGGGGGCUGCUCAACGCAAGCUUGCGCAGGUGCAGUCGUCCAAAACUCCCAAAGCCAAAGGCAGAGGACGUGCUGCAGGUAAACGCUUGGUGAAGUGCGUGUGUCGGCCCGGCUGGCACGGCCCCUACUGCGGCGUGCCCACCAUGGUUUACCACUCUAACCUGCCCACCAAGGAGCGCCUCACCCCGCGACAGAUCCCACGGCGGGUAAUCAACGCUAUCAACAUCAACCAUGAGUUCGACCUGCUGCACGCACGCUUCCAUGAGCUGUCGCAGGCCGUGGACCUCUUCAUUGUGUGCGAGUCCAACUUCACGGCCUACGGAGAGAGGCGCCCCCUGGGAUUUCUCCAGCGGUUGCUCAACGGCACGUACGACUAUGUGCGACACAAGCUGCUGUACGUGUUCCUGGACCACUUCCCUGAUGGCGGGCGGCAGGACGGCUGGAUUGCGGAUGACUACUUGCGUACGUUCCUGACACGCAACGGCAUGUCGCGAGUACAGGGGCUACGGCCAGACGACGUCUUUGUCAUCAACGACGCAGACGAGAUCCCGGCACGAGAGGGACUGCUCUUCCUCAAGCUGUUCGACGGAUGGACCGAGCCCUUUGCCCUUCACAUGCGAAAGUCGCUGUAUGGGUUCUUCUGGAAGCAGUUUGGCUCUCUGGAGGUGAUCUCAGGCUGCACCGUUGGCAUGCUGCGCGACGUCUACGACUGUGACGGCAUCAAGCUGCGCCGCCGCGAGUACUACACAAUGCCGGGCUUCCGCAGGUACGAAAACGACACGGGCCACAUCCUGGUGCAGUGGUCCCUGGGCAGCCCCAUCCACUUCGCCGGCUGGCACUGCUCCUGGUGCUUCUCUCCGGAGGGCAUUUACUUUAAGCUAAUUUCGGCGCAGAACGGAGACUUCCCGCGGUGGGGGGACUACGAGGACAAGCGAGACCUCAACUACAUCAGGCAGCUGAUCCGCACCGGGGGCUGGUUCGACGGCUCCCUGCAGGAAUACCCCCCCGCAGACCCCAAAGAGCACAUGUUCGCUCCGCACUACAUGCUAGACCACUACGAGAGGUACAGAUACCUCUUGGAGAACCCGUACAUUCAAAAGCAGCAGGGUGCGGGGGAGUGA